UCUUGUUCUCCAUUAAAAAAUAUUUAUUUCUCUCUUUUUUUUUUUUUUUUUUUUUCCCAUUUUUCAAUUUCUCCAUCUUCUUCUUUCUUUCUUGCUCGUACCCAAUAAUCGAGAAAUGGGCAAUCACAUUCACCUCUAAAGAUUCAAUCUUGAAACCAAAACUCGUUGAGAUUAACAGAUUAUGAUAUAAAGUAAACCGAAGGAAGGUUGUGAAGAACAACAAGAAGAACAAACAACAGUUUAUCUUCAACCAUAUGUGUAAAGAUUAGGUAAGUGAGAAAGACACUUGAAAACUUUAACAUGUUUGAUGAUUAGUACCCUUUCUCUCUUGGUUGUUAUUAUUGCUGAAAGUUGGAAAAAAGAAGAAAGAAGAAGAGAGGUUGAUAUCGGUUGCCUCAGAUCCAGGGAACUCCAAAAACUUUAAGUAGAGAAAAGGCUACAUCUUUUUUGGGUUUCCCUGUGAUUCUCGAAACUUUUUCCCCUCUCUUUCUGUAUUUCCUUAAAAUUUCUCCCUUUUUCUCGUGUCUAGAGCUUCAAAGAUUGUCGAAUCUUUGUGGGGUUUCCUUGGAAAUCUGUAUGGAAGUAGAUAUCGAAACAUUUUAGAUCAACUCCUUCAUUAAAAUUCUUGUUUUUUUCACUAGAUCCGACCACCCAUUUCGAUUCGUUUUCUUCAUCGCGUUUGAUUUUAUUCAUAGCCUUAUAGAUUUAUAGGCAUGGGCAAUAUGAAUUAGUCAAACAAUGACUUUUUCGAGGGUGGUUUUUUGUAAAUUUAACUUCAAACCCGAUAGUGAUUUUAAUGGAGGAGAUACUUCCGGCGGCUUCAGUGCCAUUAAGCUUACGUAAUCCAAUCUGUAAAAUAAUCACUGAAAUACAAACCCCACAAGUCGAACAACUGAUCAUGGGUGAUAAAAUUACUUUCGAUGAUCAAAAUUCCGAUUCCGGGUUUCAAGAAAGUGAAGAUGAAUUGAUGUCAUUAGAGGGUGAUCGAAUCUUUGAAGCGUCAUGUACUCUUUCUGUCGUCAGUGAUUCCAGUAGUUUAUGUGGUGAAGAUUUUAUAGCAUUCGAGUCUUUAAAUACAUUGCAAUCAGAAGAUAGUGAAAAGGGCGUUUGCUCGGUUGAAGGGAUUGAUAGGGUUGAUGACGUGGCAAAGGAGAUUGUUGUUUCUGAUAAGGUGUCAAGUGGGAUUGUAGCAAGAAGUGUGUUUGAGGUGGAUUGUGUUCCUUUAUGGGGAUAUACUUCUAUGUGUGGAAGAAGACCUGAAAUGGAAGAUUCAGUUGCAACUGUUCCAAGAUUCUUGAAGAUUCCUAUUCAGAUGCUAACAGGUGAAAAGAUGACCAAAAGUUUGAGUCAUUUGAGUGCUCAUUUCUUUGGGGUGUAUGAUGGACAUGGUGGUUCUCAGGUUGCAAACUAUUGUAGUGGGCGUGUUCAUACUGCUUUACAAGAGGAAUUAGAACCACUUAUGGCGGCUUGUAGUGGUGAUGGAAGCAAUGUUAUAAACACCGAAAAUAGUUGCCAAGAUUUGUGGAAAAAAGCUUUUGUCAAGUGUUUCCUUAAAGUUGAUGAUGAAAUUGGAGGAAAACAAGGGAACCUUGAAAUCAUAGCUCCUGAAACCGUGGGGUCCACCGCAGUUGUUGCCUUGAUUUGUUCCUCACAUAUAAUCGUAUCAAAUUGUGGGGAUUCAAGAGCCGUUUUAUGCCGAGGAAAAGAAGCCAUGGCACUUUCUGUAGAUCAUAAACCAAAUCGGGAGGAUGAAUAUGCAAGGAUAGAAUCUGCGGGAGGCAAGGUGAUACAAUGGAAUGGGCAUCGUGUUUUUGGUGUUCUUGCAAUGUCAAGAUCUAUUGGUGACAGAUACUUGAAACCAUGGAUCAUCCCGGAUCCGGAAGUGACAUUCAUUCCACGAGCCAAAGAAGACGAAUGCCUAAUUCUUGCAAGCGAUGGUUUAUGGGAUGUGAUGAGCAACGAAGAAGCAUGUGAAAUCGCUAGAAAAAGAAUACUCGUUUGGCAUAAAAAGAACGGCGCAACCAGUCUUCCACCAGAAAGAGGCGGAGGGAUUGAUCCGGCAGCCCAAGCGGCGGCGGAAAGCCUCUCAAAUCGCGCUCUUCAAAAAGGAAGUAAAGAUAACAUUACGGUGAUUGUUAUUGACUUGAAAGCCCAAAGAAAGUUUAAGACCAAAACAUGAUCCAUCAUAUUCAUAUAAUCAUAUAUAUAGUAACAUGAAUUCAUAAGUGUACAAUGUUGCUAUUAUUGUCCAGUAUUAUUCAAAACAAAGAGCCCAUUUGUUUUUCAUGUGGGCCGAUAUGUUUGUUUGUUGAUGAUGUAAA